CCCUGACCGCGAUAACGAGUACCGAGUCCCCUCCCUCUCGUUUGGUUUGGUGCCUCUCUCAUCUGAGAGAGAAGAGGACAAGAAACUAGCAUGGCCUCCGCCGCCCUUACCUUCUCCUCUCCCACCAUCCCUCCCCGCUCUUACCCUCUUAUCGCAACCACCCCCCGGCGCCCGAUCCCCACCCGUAUCGUCGCCUCCAUAUCGGACAAACCCGUUACAGUGAAACCCUCCUCCACCUCCUCGUCGAAACUCCCAUUACGAAAAAUCCCCGGCGACUACGGGCUCCCCUUCAUCGGCCCGAUUCGCGACCGUCUCAACUACUUCUACUUUGAAGGGCGCGACAAGUUCUUCAAGUCUCGGAUCCGGCAGCACCGGUCAACGGUGUUCCGGGUCAACAUGCCCCCCGGCCCUUUCCUUGCCCCCGACCCCCGCGUCGUCGCCCUCCUCGACGCCGCCAGUUUCCCUGUCCUCUUCGACACCUCCCUUGUCGAGAAGCGUGAUCUCUUCACCGGCACCUUCAUGCCCUCCACCGACCUCACCGGCGGCUUCCGCAUCCUCUCCUACCUCGACCCCUCCGAGCCCAACCACGCCUCCCUCAAAAAGCUCCUCUUUUUCCUACUCUCCUAUCGCCGCCAAUCCAUCGUCCCCGAGUUCCGACGCACCUUCGGCUCCCUCUUCGACACCCUCGAAGCAGAGCUCGCCAAGAAGGGGAAGGCCAACUUUGGCGAAGCCAACGACCGCGCCGCCUUCGAUUUCCUCGCAAGAUCGCUCCUUGGCAAGGAUCCCGUCGAGACCAACCUCGGCCUCGACGGCCCCAAAUUGAUCACCAAAUGGGUCGUCUUCCAGGUCGGUCCCCUGUUGACUUUAGGCCUCCCCAACUACUUAGAGGACUUCCUCCUCCACUCCUUCCGCCUCCCUCCGGCGCUGGUCCGCGCCGACUACAACCGGCUCGCCGAUUUCUUCCGAGAAUCCGCCGGCCCGGUGCUGGGUGAGGCGGAGCGGCUCGGGAUCUCCAGAGAAGAGGCGGUCCACAACAUCCUGUUCGCCACUUGCUUCAACGCCUUCGGCGGGAUGAAUAUUCUGUUCCCCAGCUUGAUCAAGUGGGUGGGGCGCGCCGGAGCGCGGCUCCACGGCCGUCUCGCGCAGGAGAUUCGAUCGGCUGUGAGGGCCAACGGCGGCGAGGUGAGCAUGAGAGCCAUGGAGGCGAUGCCGCUGAUGAAGUCGGUGGUGUACGAGACGCUCCGGAGCGAGCCCCCCGUGCCGCUCCAGUACGGGCGGGCGAAGCGGGACCUGGUGGUUGAGAGCCACGACGCCCGGUUCGAGGUUCGGGCCGGGGAGAUGCUCUUCGGGUACCAGCCCUUCGCGACCAAGGACCCGAAGGUGUUCGACCGUGCGGAGGAGUUCGUGGCGGAGCGGUUCGUCGGGGAGGUGGGGGAGCGGAUGCUCCGCCACGUGCUGUGGUCGAACGGGCCGGAGACGGCGGCGCCGACGACGGAGAACAAGCAGUGCGCCGGCAAGGACUUCGUGGUGCUGGUGGCGCGUAUGCUGGUGGUGGAGCUCUUCCUCCGCUACGACUCCUUCGAGAUCGAGGCGGGCUCGUCGGCGCUCGGCUCGUCGGUGAAGCUGACGUCGUUGAAAAGAGCCACCUUUUGAGGUGGAAGGGGUGUUUCUGGGAAGAUGGAGUUGAUGGAUAAAAUUAGAUAUUGGCGUGUCCCACCUCGUGAGAAUGACAGGGAAAAAGGCAGUGGGAUCCCUGUGACUAUGCAAGUAGGUUCAUUUUUGUUGAAUUUUUAAACUAAAUUUAUGAAUAAUGUAGUUUAGUUGUCACAACGAUUUCUGUAAUUAAACUGGCGAUAAUAUUAUAUGGACCCUUUGCAAGCUUUCCAUAUGUUUAUAUGUGCUGGCAGAGUGAUUAAAUAUGUUAAUGAUGGUAUUUUGUACUCGUU